CAUAAAAAUAGGAUUUUAGUGGCAGUGUUUUCUUGCGUUCAACCACUGCAAAUGCACGUACAAACACGCAUGCAUUAAUCUUAAAAAAGCUAUUUUAUCACUCCGAAAUUUAUAGCCUUUUAAGCUGGCAGAUAAUCAAAGUGCCUUUCUUAUUUUGAUUUCUUUGUCUUUUUUCCCUUUUGACUUUCAUUCUUCUCACUUUGUUGUAUAAGUUCCAGCUUUCAAACUUGUAAAUAUCUGCUGUGCAUCUCACAUAAUGCUUAUAUUGAGGCAUAAUACACUCUCAGCUGAAGAUUUGUUUGUCAUUGAAUGUCGAAUGAUCAAAAUAGCUGAUCCCACCUAUAAAGUCAAGGAUUUAUCUGACUUCACCGUACUUGAAAAAUCUCGGGCUGAACUGUACGGUUACAUACUCGGUUUUCUUGAAAGGCUCGGUUUAUGCGAAUCUCUCGGCGUUACACCGUCUGAGUUCCUCGAUUUUUUAGUGGACGUGGAUCAUGGUUACCUGACCAACGCUUAUCACUCUUUCUACCAUGCUGUGGACGUCACCAUUGUGCUAUACCAUAUGAUUUGCAAUUAUGAUAUUGGACGAUAUAUCUCCCGAAUUGAUAUAGCUGCGCUAUUGAUUGCAGGAUUAUGCCAUGAUAUAGGACAUCCGGGGAAAAAUAACAAUUUUCAAGUCAAUUUACAAACAGAUUUAGCAGUUCGUUAUAGUAAUAAAUCUGUUUUAGAGAGUUAUUCGUGUACCAUCACAAUGGACUUAUUAACAAAGCACAAACUAUUACGCCAUUUGGAAAAGUCAAGUAAAUCCUUUGGUCUACCAACAACAGAGUCGGAAAUGAGAACAGCCAUCAUCAAAAUGAUCUUAGCGACAGAUAUGAUUUUCCACUACGAACUACAAGAAAAUCUUACUAACCUAUUGGAAAUUAUAACUGACGAAAAUGGAAACGGGGGUAACGGUCGUCAUGGGCGAUCGACUUUACAUAAACCAGUAUUGCCGCCGACAAACGAAGAGAUUGAGGAGGAGCUUGUAGAAGAAACAGGCAAUAAUGCAGACAAAGCCGAGGCAAAUAUAGAAAUCGCUACAAAGGCUUCGGAUCAGCCUACACUCAUUAACAAUAAGGACCAUCAACACAAUCAUGACGUGCAGGUAAAAGAUAUCUUCUCCCAUCAGGGAGCGAAAAGCGCCAUAUCCUAUUUUCGACGAAAGUCAUACUUUGACGACGAUGCUAUUCCUUUACCGCUGAAUUCAAUAUCGGAACUACCAGACAGUCCAGAGGAAGAUGAUAAAAGUGAAAACGAGAAUCGUAGGGAAGAAUAUAGAAAAUUUUUUGUAGCAACAGAGCGGCAUCACGCUUCAGGGAUUGAUCUGGUACUGUCAAAUCCAGAAAACAGCUCCUCAGACGCUAAUGAUAAGAAAUCCAACAAUAAGCAUAUCCAUAAACCGCCUAAUUUCAUUGUCGACUACCAUCAGCGCUUAAUAUUAUGUCAGAUAGUAUUACAUGCAGCAGAUAUCAGUAAUGCAUUACGACCAUGGCCCAUAUGUUUCAAGUGGUCAAAUUUAGUGUGCGAAGAGUUCUUUUUACAAGGUGAUGCAGAGAAAAAACAUGGCAUAAAGGUAUCACCCAAUAUGGAUAGGAGCCAAGUGAGUCAGUCGACCAUUGGCUUACAGUUCGGUGAUUUUGUCGUAAGCCCUUAUUUCGAGAUUUUUGCAGCCUUUUUUCCAAAAGCAGAACAAAUGUUACAAACACUUGCAGACAACCGUGUACAAUGGUUGCAAUUGGAAGAGAAGGACUUACAAGAGAAGAAAGAGUCAGGGCAGCAUAACGAGGAGAAGCAAAAUGAAGAAGAGGAGGAGGAAGAAAAUCAAACUUUGCCAUCAAAUAUGUUACCUGACAGACCAAUUUUGAAUCCCUCAGGUAGAAGAGUAAGCGUGGCUGCAGGCAUGAUCGUGAUUCCAGAUGAAUUAGAAGAAAAGACUAUUGGAUCAGGAAAACAUAAACGGAAGUAUUGGGGUAUACGUAGUGUGAGCCAUAGUGACAUUUCCUCUUAUGAAGAACGCGAACGAGCUCGAGUUUUAAGACGACGGAGUGAAGAACCUAACCUAGUGGCAGCACGCAGGUCAAAGUUCGUUUCCAAAACUCCAAAUUCGAACAAAGAAAAGGAACGGUCAACGACGCUUUCGGCUACCAGUCAACAGCGGUAAUCUGUAUCCCAUUGAUUUUCCUCUGUGAUCUGUUCGCCUUGUGUUAUGCAGUCACUUUUUCCAUUUUCCUUUUUUCUUUUUUUCUUUUUUUCCUUUUUUUUUUUUU